UUGAACGUCUUCUUCGAUUCUACUCAUUUUUCCGCAAAGCACAAAACUUUCCAGGCACAUCAUCAAAACCACAGAUCUUCUUCCAAAGGCUACGAAAAAACAGAGGCAAAAUGAGUAAUCCACGUAAACAGAGCACCAUCUUCCUCUGCAUCACCAUAUCCUUCUUAUAUUUCUUCUCCAGCAACGUCUCCGCCUUGGGAGUAAACUGGGGAACAAUGGCCACCCACCAGCUACCUCCAAAAACGGUUGUACAGAUGUUAAAAGACAACAACGUACAAAAGGUAAAGCUUUUCGACGCCGACACAAACACCAUGGUAGCUCUUGCCGGCUCCGGCAUCGAAGUAAUGGUUGCCAUCCCUAACGACCAGCUCAAAGCCAUGGGAAACUACAACAGAGCUAAAGACUGGGUCCGAAGAAACAUCACUCGUUUCAACGACGACAUCAAAAUCAAGUACGUCGCCGUAGGGAACGAGCCCUUCUUAACAUCUUACAACGGAUCAUUCAUAAACCUAACGUAUCCAGCACUCUUCAACAUCCAAAAAGCACUAAACGAAGCCGGAGUCGGAGACUUCAUCAAAGCCACCGUACCUUCGAACGCCGACGUCUACAGCUCUCCCCCGGAUAAUCCCGUCCCAUCCGCCGGAACGUUCCGUCAAGACAUCUACGAAGAGAUGAGACUCAUAGUCAACUUCUUAGCUCACAACAAAGCUCCCUUCACAGUCAACAUCUACCCUUUCCUCAGCCUUUACCUAAGCAGCGACUUCCCUUUCGACUACGCCUUCUUCAACGGCCAGAACACCGUCAACGACAACGGCGUCGUUUACACUAACGUCUUCGAUGCCAACUUCGACACGCUUUUGGCUUCGCUCAAAGCGUUAGGACACGGUGACAUGGAGGUUAUAGUGGGAGAAGUUGGUUGGCCAACGGACGGCGACAAGAACGCUAACGUCCCAAACGCGGAACGCUUCUACGCGGGCCUUCUUCCGAAGCUAGCUGCGAACAGAGGAACACCCAUGCGUCCCGGUUACAUCGAAGUGUAUCUCUUCGGAUUCAUCGACGAAGAUGCGAAGAGUAUAGCUCCUGGGAACUUCGAGCGUCACUGGGGGAUAUUCAAGUACGAUGGCCAGCCGAAGUUUCCGGCUGAUUUGUCAGGGGAAGGACAGAAGAAGGCCUUGACGGGAGCUCAGAACGUUCAGUACUUGCAGAGCCAGUGGUGUAUGUUGAAUCCUAACGCGAUUAGUUUCAGUAACAGUACUAACCAGCUUGGAGAUAACGUGAACUACGCGUGUACUUUCUCUGACUGUACCGCGUUGGGGUAUGGUUCCUCUUGUGGGAAUCUUGAUGAGGUUGGGAACGCGUCGUAUGCGUUCAAUAUGUAUUUUCAGGUGCAGAAUCAGAAAGCAGAGGCGUGUGACUUUGAAGGGCUUGCGAUGAUUACUACUAGGAAUAUUUCUAGAGAUCAAUGUAACUUCCCUAUACAGAUUGGCGAUCCAACGUCAGGGCAUUGUAUGUAUGGUUCUAGUGUCCGGUUCGGUCUGGUUAGUAUGUUACUGCUCUUUAUGGGACUAUGA